UCAUUUCAAUUCUGAUAAGAAAAACGAGUGAAAAAAUGUCAGAUACGAAGCCACAAGCCAAACACUUUCCGGUGAAGAAAACUCCAAUGCUUCCGCCGGGAACAUUUUCUGGAAAAACGGCACUAAUCACUGGAGGAGGCACAGGUCUUGGAAAAGCGAUGGCACUGAUGUUGGGCACACUUGGUGCAUCCGUUGCCAUAUUAGGCCGGCGUCUUCACGUCCUUGAGCAAACGGCCAAAGAAUUGGAAUCGCAGACCGGUAAUAGGGUUUUGGCCUGUUCAGCAGAUGUGAGAGACCCAGCCGCCGUAAAAUCGGCUAUUGAUUUGGUUGAGAAGGAGCUAGGUCUUCCUACGAUCAUUGUGAAUAACGCGGCCGGAAAUUUCAUUUCACCCACUGAACGGCUUUCUCCGAAUGCAUUCAAAACAAUUAUUGAUAUCGUUCUGAAUGGAACGGCCAAUGUUACACUUGACAUGGGAAAAAGGCUUAUUGCAGCGCAAAAGGGCGCCUCAUUCUUAACGAUUACCACAACGUACACUUAUCGUGGAUCCGCAUUUGUUGUCCCGAGUGCAACGGCUAAGGCAGGGAUCGAAAAUAUGGUCAGAUCACUAGCUUCCGAAUGGGGCAGAUAUGGCAUACGAUUAAACUGUGUUGCCCCAGGUCCAAUAGAUACAGGUACAGAUGGUGGCGCUUGGUCUAGACUGGAUCCUACUGGCGCAUUCAAGGAUGUUGCCAUUGAUAAACUGCCGGUUGGACGAUUUGGCGAUCCUGCGGAAGUAUCUAAUUUGGCAUGCUAUCUUCUCAGUGACUACUCGUCUUUUAUAACUGGAGAGACAAUUCUUCUGGACGGUGGUGAGCUUGGCUUCGGCGCUGGAGAGUUCAAUAACUUGACACAAGUUUCAAACGAACAGUGGGAUCUUAUGGAGAAAAUGAUUCGUCAGUCGAACGCUAAGGACAAGGCCAAACCAAAACUUUAAUUUUCUCGGAUCAGGAAUCAGAUUUUGUUACUUCGGAUACGGAAAAUAAA